AUGUGCCGUUCAAAGAGAACUAGGAGAUCAUUUUCGGAUCGUGUCACUACAUUGCAGCAUUUGACCUCCAUACCCAGUCGGAUUUUCACGAAUGGAAAGAGCCGGACUUCUUGUAUAUUCACUCAGCAGGGGCGUAAGGGCAUAAACCAGGAUGCCAUGAUUGUGUGGGAAGAAUUCAUGUCAGAAGAUGUGACCUUUUGUGGUGUCUUUGAUGGCCAUGGUCCACAUGGCCAUCUUGUUGCUCGCAAAGUAAGGGAUGCAUUGCCAUUAAAGUUAAUGUCGUUCUUGCCUUCUGAUGAAUCAAAAAGAAAUGGGUCUAGUUCGACUUGUUGCAAUAAUCUAACAUCAGAUGGAAGAGAUCCAGAAGGCAGUUCUACAGAGGAUAAAGUGGAUUCCUCAUGGAGAGAAGCUUUUCUUAAGUCAUACAAGGCCAUGGACAAAGAGCUGAGGUCCCACCCUAACUUGGAUUGCUUUUGUAGUGGCAGCACUGCUGUCACUAUUGUAAAACAGGGUUCAAAUCUCUUUAUGGGGUAUAUUGGAGACUCUCGUGCAGUUUUGGGGUCUAAGGAUGGCAAUGAUAAAAUGGUGGCGAGCCAGUUAACCGUUGAUCUGAAGCCUGAUUUGCCGAGGGAAGCAGAGAGGAUCAAACGAUGUAAAGGUCGUGUUUUUGCAUUGCAAGAUGAGCCCGAAGUGCCAAGAGUUUGGCUGCCGUUUGAUGAUGCCCCUGGCUUAGCAAUGGCUCGCGCAUUUGGAGAUUUCUGUUUGAAGGAAUAUGGAGUUAUCUCUAUUCCUGAAUUCUCUCAUCGGAUACUUACUGAUAAAGACAAGUUCAUUGUCCUAGCAUCCGAUGGGGUAUGCUUUUCUCCUCUGCAUCAUCAUAUAGUGGAUUCUCUUUUUUACAAAUCGUUUGAUUAGGAAUAAUUGAUGAUUCUUUUGCUGAAACAUGUGAAUUUCCUUAUCAGUGAUCAGGUACUGUGUGGGAUUUAUCCAUGUGCAUACCGUUUCCCCGAUUGAGAAUUUGAGAACCAAUAAGUAAAUGAAACGUAUUUGACAGGAUUAGUGCGACCAUGAUAGUGAGGAAAUAUGAUGCGAUAAAGACGAAAUGAUAAAUUGAAUUUGAAACAUGUUUUGGAAGUCAUUUGCUUUUGCAAAUUGGCUGCCACACCUUAUAUAUUUGAUGGGCAUUUUGGGCUUAUGAACUCACUGUAUAAUCUGGAGAAUCUAUUUACAAUAUGGGGAAAAACAAAAGGAAUGGGGGUCUGGAUGGGAGCGGUAUAUUGGGUCAGGAUCUGACAUUAAGCAUUGUUUUUGCACAAAGUGACUGCAAUUAUGUUCGAAUUGCAGCCUCAAGGUUACUGAACUGAAUCUUAACCAUUGAACCUGUGUCGAUUUAUUAUAUGCAUAAAUAAACAGAAAUAAAAUAUGAUCAUUUUUUCAUUAUAUUAAUUAUUGUGGAGCAGCUUUGGGAAACUGAUUCUUUUGUUUUUGGUACUUUGACACUAUUGAUCUGAGUUGGAUAUGAUGUAAUUUCCAUUGAUGCUUGCUUUCUAGGUCUUGAAGUUUUCAAUUUGCAGUAACACUCUUGUCAUUGAUGUUAUGCGUUCUGCUCAAUUUGUCGAGUCUAUGUGUCUUUCCUCAUCACCUUAUACUUGAACUCAUAUCCCUAUGAUAGAUACUUAUUCAAUAAUGGACCCGAAACCUUCUUGACAAUUGGUUCUGAAACUUUGGCCAGUUCCCUAGUUAAUGUAAAACAAAUUAAAUUUCCUACUCUCUGUGAUCUUGUUAUUGGGAACCUUGGGGGUAUAUGCGGAUGUCCCUAUGUAUUUACCCGUGAUGCCUUUCUUGACAGGAAGUAGGGUCAUUUUUGUGUUUGUACACAAUAGAUAUCCAUGCCUUACCUAUCUGGAGAAAAUAUUAGUGUCAUCUUUUGCAUUUGAUGCCAGUGGAGGAUC